GACAUGGUUGAACGAAGCCGCAGUUUAAGGAUUCCUGGAGCUGAGAAAAUUGAUCUAAGAAUCGCUCUUUAUGAGCGCAAAGAAGUAGUUGAGAGGCUCCAAGAUGAGUUGAAUGCAGAGAGAGAAGCCUCCUCCACGUCAGCGAACGAGGCUAUGUCAAUGAUUCUUAGGCUUCAAGGAGAGAAAGCUGAGCUGGCUAUGGAAGCUGCUCAGUACAAGAGAAUGGUCGAAGAGGAAAUGUCUCACGCUGAGAUGUCGUUUGCGCUUUUGGAGGACUUUAUUUACCAGAAAGAGAUUGAAACCACCGCUCUUGAGCGCCAAGUUGAAGCUUAUAGAAGCCAGCUUUUGAGCUUGGGGUACAGUGACUUGAACAGCUUAGAUGAUCAAGAUGAGAAUAUGUUGAAGAUGAAGAUGAAUCAUCCGUCCUUGAGUGAUAGAUCUCAAACACCCUCUCCAGAACUGGUUAAUGAUCUUUCGAUUCCCGUGGAGAAGGAAGUUAUCGAGGAGAGCUUGGAUUCACAGAGGAGUUCCUUAGAUGUGUAUUGGGAGCAGAUCAAGAAACUGGAUGAGAAAGUGAGAGAGCUUACAGAUUUUAAAGAUUCGAUGAAACACCAGACUUCAUUUUCUGAUUCUGGAUUAAACAUGGGAGAAGAAGAUGUUGCAAGCUCAUCAAACUUUCAAGAAGAUACACAAAGAAAAGAAGCAGCAAAGGGUUUGUGUAAAGCUGAUGGCACUAUGGUGAUAAAGGUUGCAAAGCAGACAAAGAUGGAAAAGAAAUCACCUAAGCAGACAAGAGACAGAAGCGGCAAGAGAAACCGUGCAGAGUAUCAAGCUGAGUUGCAGCGGUUGAGACAGAGAGUAGAGCGGCUUGAGCGGGGAAGAACUAAAACGGAGCCUGAAACUAGUGGUGUGGUUAAGCAAGAAGAGAUUAGUCUCUUGCAGGAUAUGAAGGAGGAGCUAACUUCUGUGCAACCAUCUGAUGAAGUGAAGAGCUUAAAUACAAUGGAGAAUUUACAACCUUGGAUCGACCCAACCAUUGUUUCUGUUCAAGAGGCAAUGCUUUACUUCUGGCUAUGA